AUGACGUCGGUGAUACCUCGAUCAUCACAUGCUUCAAUUGUUACAGGAUCGACCUUAGACCCAUUCAAUCAAGACAAUCACCAUAGAUACUCAGCUAGCAUAGGGACCUCAUAUGGCCACAGUCGAAACCAUUCCAGAGCAGUCUCUCAAUCAAAUCCAUUUGAAGUUAUUUACUCCAGUCAAGAUUUAACAUUUGAUACAUCAACAGCACAGCCAAAUUUGAUGGUUCCAAGACAAGUACCAUCGGCUCGAAAUUUCCGCCAGCAUUCACCAUGGCAUAGUCAAUCCAACUAUGACCUAAUAGCAGAAAAUAUUGAAACUGGAAGAAGUCCGGUAAGUGAGAUUGCGAACAAUAGUAGCAGCAGCAACAAUAACACUCAUCCUGUGGUCACAGUUGUGGGAUCACCCGCUUUGAAUAGAUCAGGAUCAACUAUUUCGCGGCUGGCUACAUUGAGAAACAGAAAUAGAAUAAAGCAGAGAAAUAAAACAAUCAAGAGAAAGGUUCUACUUAAGGACGGGCUAGAAUCUAAACCAAAGGACGAAAAGCAGGAACAGAAAGUAGGAAAAACUUCAUGGUUUGGCUGGCCUAAAUUCACCUUUCCUGUUUUGCGAAAACGAUCAUUAAAGUAUCGAUCUGCACAUAAUGGACAAACACCAAACUUUGCCACCAGACAUGAGUUUUUAAAUUUUUUACAAAUGAGCAAUUAUAACCAAGUAGUGGGAUCUUCUUUGCCAUAUAGAAUGAAAAUGUGGAAUUACACGCAACCAUUGCAUCCUCAUCCAUUACUACAUUGGCAUGUGGAAGAAUUUGGGAAAAAGGAUUAUGUUGCUAAAUCUAUCAAUUUGCACUCAUGGACAAACUCGGUGAGCGUUAUUGAUGUUUUGUAUCAGAAUUACAAAACUAGAGCAUUUGAAGUGGCAAAGAGGAAACACUCUAGGAACCGAAGUGGGGUAGACUACAUGAAAGUCCCUCCUCCCUUUCAGAAAUUAUAUCCCCAAGAUGCCAUACUUCUAUGCAAGAGAGAGGUUCAUCAAAUAAACACCAAGUUGUUAGUUGAAGUAUUGUUACGAAGAACAGUGGCCGCAAAAAUGGAGUACAGAUUGAAACAACAUGGGGUUGACCUUGGAACUGCCAACCAUAGCUCAUCUCUGUCGUUCUCAUCAUCAUCUUCAUCACUAUCUCAUUCAGAUAACAAUCAGCCAUCUCAACGUGGUAACCAGGGAGGGGAAAAUUCUAAGCAAUGCUCUAGUUCACCAGGUUCAAGGACCUACCACAAUGACAAUUUGAUAUUACAAAAUGAAACCAUUUUUAAGGAUAUAAUUUCAGGCUCAAGUGAUCAGUCACCAAAGGAUGGAAGUGGAAAAAUCUAUUUCCAAUCGCAAUCAAACUCCAACGUUUCCAGCAACCGUCUAUUCUUCACCAACCCAUUCACAUUAGAUCCCAAGACAAACAGUCUUGCUAAGGGUGGUCUCAACGAACCACGACAAAAACCUAUGUAUCAAUUAACACCACAACAACAUAGAUCGCACUCAACUUUAAGUUCUGAAGACAAGACAUUUGAAUCAUCUUCCUCAAAUGAAUACGAAAAUAGCUCACCCCGCGUGCAAGGAAUAGAUUCGUUUAGAGACUCAUUUUCGACCCUGUCGAGAGACAAAGUGAGGAAGUCAGAAAGUACUACUAACACAUCAAUCUUGCAUUAUUUGGAUCACUUGUCACUGGAAGUUGGUUCAGUUUUGGAAGAGCUUGAUCCGGAGCAUGAUGGUAUUAGCACUAAAGUUGAGAAAAAAGAUGUCUUGCCAACUUCUACAUCAACCACGAAGUUGGGAUCUCGACGCACGGUACCGAAAAACAUUGUUGAGCCAGCCGGUAUCAUUGAGAAAUUAAACGAGUAUGAUUUGCGCGUGAUAUGA